AUGACGACCGCCGUGACGGCGAAAGUUGCCAUCGCCGGAAAAUCGGUCGUUUCCAAGAGAAACGUCGCCGCGGCGCCGAGCAAGAGAGGGCAAUUGGUACGCGCGCGCUCAUUUAGUUUUUUACUCGCAUUUUCGGCACGUCGUAGACGAGGGGCGAUCCUUUUUCUAGCGGCUCUCUGUGGUAUCUUUUCGAAGAAGAUUCUCGCGCAUACGUUGUUUUGCGCUUUUACGCGGAACGAGUGCACACAUCUCUGCGCGCACAUCGUUAUCCAAAAUGCCUCCCAAAAGGAGAUGCGCGAUCGCAUCGCCUCGGUCGGCUCCACGAAGAAAAUCACCGAUGCGAUGAAACUCGUCGCCGCCGCGAAGGUGAGAAAAGCGCAAGAUGCCGUCAUCAACGCGCGUCCGUUCUCUGAACAACUCGUCAAGGUUUUGUUUGCCAUCAACGGCAAGUUGCAAGGCGAAGACGUCGACGCGCCGUUGUGCGCCGUCAGACCGGUCAAGACGUGCUUGAUCAUGUUGUGCACCGGUGACCGUGGUUUGUGCGGUGGCUACAAUAACUUUGCCAUCAAGAAGUGCGAAACUCGUGUUCAAGAGUUGGAAGAGCAAGGCGUCAAGUGCAAGUUGAUUUUGGUUGGUAAGAAGGCGAACACGUACUUCAAGAGACGCCCGCAAUACACCGUCGUGAAGGGCUUCAACAUGGGCCAAUCGCCGACGACGCAAGAAGCGCAAGCGGUUGCGGAUGAAAUCUACUCUGAGUUUGUUGGUGAAGAAGUCGACAAAGUCGAAUUGGUCUACUCGAAGUUUGUCUCUUUGAUCGCGUCCGAGCCGAUCAUCCAAACUUUGUUGCCGUUGUCCAAGGAGGGUGAAGUUUGCAACUCUGAGGGACAAUGCAUUGACGCGAAGAACGAUGAAAUCUUCCGAUUGACCUCCGAAGAUGGCCAAUUGGUCGCGAAGAGCGAAAAGGUUGAGACGGAAACCGCGCAGUUCGAAGGUGUGAUGCAAUUCGAACAAGAACCGAACCAAAUCUUGGACUCCAUCAUGCCGUUAUACAUGAACGGUAUCGUCUUGAGAGCGUUGCAAGAAUCUUUGGCGUCUGAGUUGGCGGCGCGAAUGAACGCGAUGGCGAACGCCUCUGACAAUGCCAAGGAUUUGAAGAACAGAUUGAACAAGGAGUACAACCAAAAGCGUCAAGCCAAGAUUACCUCGGAGAUUAUUGAAUUGGUUGCGGGUGCCUCCGCGCUCUAA